CGACUGAUUCAAGCUGCACACGUAAUUUCCUGCAUUUAAAAACAUGGCGUUGGGAAGAAAUGUUCCGAAAUUCCACGUGAUCUUUCUGAUUAUCGUCUGCAGCUUCUUGGGAAAUGUUGUCGCCAGUCGAUAUCGAAAGAUAUAUCAGAAACCCAUUAAUGCAGGUAGUUGGAAAACUCUGACAGGAGGUUUACAUGAUUCAAGCGUUCUUUUGAUCGGGUGGAGCGCAGCAUUUAUUUCUGGUUGUUUCGCCAUCAUGGCUGCGAGAGAAGAAAUUUCAAACAUAGUAGCUUUUCCUUUGAUUUCUAUUGGAGGUGUCAUUUUUUAUUUCGGCUGUGCUGCAACUAUGAACUUUAUUUUUACCAAGAAAUAAGACCAGUAUGUUUUGCAGUACCAAGCAAUCUUUUCCUAUAAAGAAAUGCAAGAAGAAAAAAAUGGCAUCAAGAGAUAUUGAAAAGUACUUUGAAUUUAAAAACAGUACAAAAAAGUCUUUUGUAAUUUACGAAAUCAUCUUGAACCUUCUAUGAACAUUGUAAUGAUUUUAAAAAAAAUGUUUAUUUAAACUAUAAAAUUCGAGCUAUAUAAAAUCACAUAUUUUAAUUUUGAUAUAACUGAUAUACUAGUACCUCUUACGCCUAAGAUUAACCGACAAAUAAUUCUUAUUAUUAUUAGUAGCAAGUCAUAAUAAUUCAAAUUUUUUUAUUUAAGUGAAAUAUUUUUUGAUUUUUAACUUUCUUCAUUGACUCAUAAUUGAUCAUUCCAAAACGAAGGCUCAAAAAAUGUCAUGAAAUUUAUAAUUAAAUUGGAGAUCAAACUAUGAAUUCUGGGAGUUAAUCAUGAGGUAAAUUUUAAAAAUAACAAAACAUAUACUGAGCAAUUCCUUGGCUGGAUUGUAAAAAAAAAAAAAAAAAAAAAAAAAAAUUAAGAAAAUUUGUUGUUGAGAUUUUUUUUUCAUUUAUUUAGUUAGUUUUAAAUAUAUACUGGUGAAUAUUUCCUUUUAAUUUUAUAAAUCAUUGUUAAGAUUUGAGUUUUGGAAAACAAUUAUAUGAAUUACACUGGUAUUUUAAAAACCAGAUUCAAAUUUUUUUAUAAAGAUUUAGUAUUAUUUAUUUAUUAUUAUUACGUUUGGAAAUUCUGAUAUUUUCUUCUUUCAUUGAUUACUCUAUGGCUUAUUUAUUAACUCACAUAUCAUAAUCAUAUAAUAAUAAUAAUAAUAAUAAUAAAUAUAUCAUUUUUUUUCUCUUUGGUUCAUUCUCUUAAUUUUUGGUUUGCUCAAUUUUGUGAUUCUAGCACUGUUGUAUUUUGGAUAAGGUUGGUGUUAUAAACAGAUUUUUCUUUGUUUUUUGUGUCAUGAUUUACCUCCCUUUUAUUAUAUUAUUUAAUUAUUAUUUGUAGUCAUUUUCAAAUUGUCAUAAUUCUUCUAAAAUUCAUUUAAUUUCUUCGUGAUUGUAUUGAUACUUGUAAAUUUUUGU